CCCGACACGACAGACCAACCUCGCCAUCCUCUCUUGAAUCCCCCUCCUCCCCCCUCGCCGUCUGCUGCAUCCUACGACGCGCCUCGUUCCGCUCAAUUCCGUCCUUCACCACCUCCAAUUGCCGCCUCCGUUCACCCAGGGGUCCCAGUCAAGAUGGCCGACAUGAGCGGCGAGCAGAUGCAGGCCAAGAUUACCGCCGCCAGACGCGAAGCUGAAGGGCUCAAGGACAAGAUCAGGCGCAGAAAGGAUGAUCUUGCCGAUACAACCUUGCGUGAUGUUGCGCAGAAUCAGACCGACGCCUUGCCUCGCAUUGGAAUGAAGCCCCGGCGAACACUCAAAGGUCAUUUGGCCAAGAUCUAUGCUAUGCACUGGUCCACCGACCGUCGCCAUCUCGUGUCCGCCUCACAAGAUGGAAAACUCAUAAUCUGGGAUGCGUACACUACGAACAAAGUCCACGCCAUCCCGCUCAGAUCAUCGUGGGUCAUGACCUGCGCUUAUGCUCCUAGUGGAAACUAUGUCGCCUGCGGUGGUCUGGACAACAUUUGCUCCAUUUACAAUCUUUCCUCACGAGAGGGCCCGACUCGUGUCGCGCGCGAACUCUCCGGUCAUUCCGGCUACCUCUCCUGCUGCCGUUUCAUCAAUGACCGUCGAAUCAUCACCUCUUCCGGCGACAUGACCUGCAUGCUCUGGGAUAUCGAGUCAGGCUCUAAAGUCACCGAAUUCGCAGACCACCUCGGCGAUGUCAUGUCAAUCAGCAUCAACCCCACUAACCAGAACAUCUUCGUCUCCGGUGCCUGUGAUGCUUUUGCUAAGCUCUGGGAUAUCCGUACUGGAAAGGCAGUCCAAACUUUUGCUGGUCAUGAAUCUGACAUUAACGCCAUCCAAUUCUUCCCUGACGGCAACGCUUUCGGAACCGGUUCCGACGAUACCACUUGCCGUCUCUUCGACAUUCGUGCAGACAGAUCACUCAACACCUACCAGAGCGAUCAAAUACUGUGCGGUAUCACAUCCGUCGGUUUCUCGGUUUCCGGAAGAUUGCUUUUCGCCGGAUAUGAUGAUUUUGAAUGCAAGGUCUGGGAUGUUCUCCGGGGAGACAAGGUGGGGUCUUUAAGCGGCCACGAGAACCGUGUCAGCUGCCUUGGUGUCAGCAAUGAUGGCAUCAGUCUUUGCACUGGAUCUUGGGACUCUUUGCUCAAGGUCUGGGCCUGGUAA